GGUGCCUCCAAAGAUGGCCCGCCCGAGCUCUUGCCCUAUGUCAUAGGAGGGAGGCCCCCAGAAAUUCACUAUAAAGCUCUGCAGCUGCAUCCCCUUUUCUCCACUUGUAAUCGUCUAACAAUCCCCCACUAACUCCACCCAAAUAACUUUCCCAUUUUCAUCAACUUGCUUACUUACAAUGGGUGCUAUCGUAUCUUCUAUUGGCAAUGCCAUCGGAGCUGUCAUCUCUGCUAUUGCUAGCAUUCUCAUGAUUAUUGUCUCCACCAUUGUGACUAUCAUCGUUACUAUUUUCGACAUCAUCUAUGAUAUCAUCUGCUGUAACUGCUUCGGCAGUCGCAGACGUCGCACAGGCACACAUCGUUUCAACUUCGGUAGUAGUAGGAGAAGUCGGGGUAUGGGUUCUAGCUACUGAGGAGUAUGGACCAUCCUCGACCGUGUCGCCUCGCGAUCGCUUCCCUUCUAUACCCAUGGACGCUUAAAAUGACGAUAGCUGUGACGCUACGACAUCCUCGGUUCCGUAUAUCUACUGUACUUUUUUCUUGCCAAGAUAUACCCUCGAUUAAACUCAUGUAGUUGUACUUUACCACCACUUUCUGCUACAUACAUAUGAAGAAUGUAAUCAUGGUCAUCUCGAGCUAUAUAACGUGUGGA